GUUCCGAUCCAAGAUGGCAGACAUGCCGCUUGUACCGUGAUAGUAUGGAAUCGUAGGAGUAUAAGUUUUAGGUGUGUCUUUCAUAUUAGCGAACUAUAAUGUCUCCCGAAAUUUUGACUAAAAUCGUGUACGAAUUUUUCGACAAUGUAGAAUAUCGCUCUUGUGUAUCGUGCGCUAGAUUUAGGUAACGUUUGUGCCGAAACAUAUGUAAAACGGUGAUUGGAUUCGUGUUAUUCUGUGAGUCGUGUACGAUAAGUAUUCUGGUUCGAUGGUAAAUUAAAAUGUGGAAUAUGAUGUGCGACGUGAUGCCCACUAUAUCCGAGGACAGUAUUAGUCAAAGGGGUUCGCAGUUCACAGGCGAGGACGCGAACUUCGAACAGCUUAUGGUUUCUAUGUUGGACGAGAGAGAUAAGUUAGUGGAGAGUCUGCGAGAGACCCAAGAGCGCCUCUCUGACACCGAGCUACGGCUCAAGGAGGUGGAGAAGGAACGGGACUCGCUGCAGCGGCAGAUAGCUGCCAACUUGCCUCAGGAAUUCGCGACCCUCACGAAGGAGCUCAACCAGGCCCGGGAACAGCUCCUGGAACGGGAGGAGGAAAUUUCGGAACUCAAGGCGGAAAGAAACAAUACCAGAUUGUUACUGGAGCACUUAGAAUGUCUGGUGUCGCGGCACGAGCGCUCUUUGCGCAUGACGGUGGUGAAGCGGCAGGCCGCCGCCCAGUCCGGGGUCUCCUCGGAAGUGGAGGUCCUGAAGGCCCUCAAGAGUCUCUUCGAACACCACAAGGCCUUAGACGAGAAGGUUCGAGAACGAUUAAGAGUGGCGCUAGAGAGGAACACGGCUCUGGAAGAGGAGUUGGCUCUGACCAAAGAAGAGUUGCAGCAAUAUAAAUCAUCCGGUGCCCAGGAAGGCGACAAGCCCAAGGAGAAUGGCACCACCGCCACCGGCUCGCCCGAACAGAACGGGGAACCCCCCAAGGAACAAAGUAGUGUUAACGGCGAAACGGACGUCAAGAAGCUCACUGAACUACAAAACACUAUCGCCAAACAGUCGGCGGAACUGAGCUCGUGGCAGAGACGGGUCGCCGAGCUGAACAACAAGGUCACGGAACUGGAAGAGAGGUUGAGUAAGGGGGAGAAGGAGCUGGUCAAGAAGCAGGAGGAGUGCGCGAAGCUACAGAGGGACCUGAGGGAGAACGUGGCUCAGAAGGAGGAUCAGGAGGAACGCAUAGCCACAUUGGAGAAACGAUAUCUUAACGCUCAGAGAGAGUCCACCUCCUUACACGACCUGAAUGAGAAGCUGGAACAGGAGUUGCAGCAUAAGCAGGCACAGCUUAAGCUCCAAGAAGAGAAGAUAGCGGCCAUAGAGGAGAAGCUGGAACUGUCCACGCAGAAGUUGGCGCAGAUGUCCUCGCUGCCGGAGAUGGAGGAACAGCUCAAGGCGAGGAUGGAGGCCCUCAGCCAGGCGCAGGAGAGGCACGGCUCGGCCGAGGACCGCAUCCAGAGGCUGGAGGCGAGUGUGGAGGAGAAGAACGCCGAGCUCAUGAGACUCAACCAGCGGCUGCGGAUGAACGAGGAACACAACACCAGGCUCUCCGCCACCGUGGACAAGCUGCUGUCCGAGUCUAACGAUAGGUUGCAGGUCCACCUGAAAGAGCGGAUGCACGCUCUGGACGAGAAGAAUGCCCUCACCCAGGAGUUGGAGAAAACGAGAAAGUACGCUGAUGAACUGUUACAAGAGAAGGCGGACAUACUCAAGGAGCUGGCCAAGUGGAGGAUGGAGACGGAACAGUUGAAGCGCCAGAUGUUGCAGGCGGAGAUAGCGUUCAACAUCCAGCAGACGGAUGCCCUGACGAGGUCGCUGUCACCAGCUGCCGCUCAGCCGCCCACCAACAUAUAUGGAGCCAAGCUGGACGGGUCCUGGGAGAAGCUGCAACAGGCGCACGUGCUAGGUCCACCCUUCGACACCAGUGACGCCGAGAACGAGGAGUCUGAAGGUGCAGAAGGGCACACGGACGCGGCGGCGCUGGCGCUGAUGCUGCAGGAACAGCUGGACGCCAUCAACACGGAGAUCAGACUCAUACAGGAGGAGAAGCAGAGCACUGAGGCGCGAGCCGAGGAGCUGGAGUCCAGGGUCGGCAGUUACGAGCACAUGAACGUAGUGUCUCGGCGGGCGGAGUCCCCGCCGCCGGCAGCCUCGCCCUCCAGACCGAACCAUCACAAGUACCACACUGCGCCGGCGUCCAUGUCUCCGGCUCACGCUCACUUCCGGCCGCCGGCCUCCGAGAGCCUGCCCUCCAGCCAGUUGCAGCUGUGCGGGGAGGGAGACGAGCGUGCUGGGCGUCUGGAGCGGGCCAUGCAUCCCGACAGAGAGAGACUCCGCCCUCCACACCACUACGACUCGAGUUCCAUGAUGUCGGGCAGCCUCGCCCGGAUCCCUAUACACAGCUCAAGCCAAGAGUCUCUGGGUGCGGGCGCGUGGGGAGGAUCUCCACUCCCGCGAGGAGUGGCUUCAGCAUCAGCCGUCUCUAUAGCAUCGAUGCACCAACAGAAGAAGAGAGGAAUCAAAAGCUCGUUGGGACGGUUCUUCAGUAAGAAGGAGAAAGCUGGCAUGCCGAUGCAGCAGGGUCAAAGUCCUCGGUCGUUGUCGUCCGCCUCCUCUCUAGGUCUGUCCUCGUUGGCUGAUGAAGGUGAACCCUCGCAUCCUCCCACACACCAGCACCCGGACUACGCUCGCACUAAAACUAAAGAGCGCGACUAUCGCCAUGAACUCCUGGGCGAGGCGAUGAGAGCGGGGACGCCCUUCGCGCUCUGGAACGGUCCCACGGUAGUGGCUUGGCUGGAGCUGUGGGUGGGGAUGCCGGCCUGGUACGUUGCGGCCUGCAGGGCUAACGUCAAGUCGGGCGCCAUCAUGUCCGCGCUGUCCGACCAGGAGAUACAGCGGGAGAUAGGCAUCAGCAACCCUCUCCACCGGCUGAAGCUGCGCCUGGCCAUACAGGAGAUGGUGUCGUUGACCUCGCCAUCAGCCCCGCGCGGCACCGCCUGUGCCGCGCUGGCCUUCGGGGACAUGAACCACGAGUGGAUCGGCAACUCGUGGCUGCCGUCGCUCGGCCUGCCACAGUACAGGACCACCUUCAUGGAGUGCCUGGUGGACGCGCGAAUGCUGGAACACCUCACCAAGAGAGACCUGCGGACGCAGCUCAAGAUGGUUGACAGUUUCCACAGAACUUCGCUUCACUUCGGCGUGGCAUGUCUGAAGAGGGUCGGCUACUCCGUGAGGGCGCUGGAGGAACGUCGUCGGGCAGCGGAAAUAGGGCUCCGGGACGUGCUCGUGUGGACCAACGAACGUCUCCAAAGGUGGCUGCUCUCCAUCAACCUGAAGGAAUACGCCAACAAUCUGUCGGAGUCUGGAGUGCACGGAGCGUUGAUAGCGCUCGACGACAACUUCGACGCGAACAGUAUGGCGCUCGCGCUACAGAUACCGACCCAGAACACGCAGGCGCGCCAGAUCCUCGAAAUGGAGUUCAACAACCUGCUGAGUACAGGCACGGAGCGUACGCGCGCACCUCACGACCACGCGCCGGCCUCCUGACACACCACCCUCAACUAGGAGGCGCUCACUCCUCCACGACACUCACGGAGCGUGGCACACGACGACGGGACUGGCGGAACAUUCCUAUUCACCAUAGAGAACUGUUCGGAUCGGUUCAUCGAGGCGGCGACACGCCCACGACACGCUCACGGCACGCCCGCGACGGGCAGACGGCGCGCCCGCGGCCGAUACGUUUCCACAGGACGAUGUAAUCACAAAACAUUUUCUAGUCAAAACGACGAGACCCGAGAGUGCGCGUGUCGUCGUGUCGAUCGCGAGGCCGAGGGUAGUUUUAACGAUGUACUUAAUAUAACGUGUAUUCCGUAUUUAUUAUUGAACUGUAAGGCGUAAGGCUCCGGGCGUGGAAUUUCCGUAACUUAUUUAGAAGCUAACCUGUAACGACCUGCCCGGCGUCGAGGAGUCCCGUCCCGUCCCGGGCGCCGUGGCUCCCCCGCCCCCGGCCGCCCCUCCUUCGCCAGUACCUGACCGUAUACAGUGUCGGCGGUCUAUUUGUAUUGCAUCUAUGCUUGUCGGUGCGGGGGCGGGUCGGGGGCGGGUCGGGUGCGCGCACUAGUGCUGUACAGUGUUACUACGUCGUUUUGUACUCCUCUAUUCUCCGUCACCCGUAACGGACUAGCUAUGGUAUAUUUUGUUAAAGCGUUUACAUUACUGAGCUUGUGCGCCGUGUGGACGGUGUCGUUCCGCAGAAUGUACAAUGCUCGAGGGACGUCACACGAGUCCAGCGGCCAGCAGACAGCGGACACACCUAACUCUAUCAUUGUAUAGCGACCGAUUCUGAUUUGACGGAAUUUUUUAAUUAGUGUCUAAUAGGGUGUAAAUAUGGUUUAUAUAGCGUUUAUAUCGGAGUAGGUAUGAAAUGUAGCAAUAUUUAGCUAGGAUGUGUUCAAACGGUACGUUACUAGAAUUAUAUCGAUUCGAUGCUUAUUUAUUUAUUGACUACACUAAGUGACGCCGCCGACCGCCGGGGUCGAGGGUCGAAGGUCGCGGACGAGCACGCUCGCCUGUAUAUAUUGUAACGGUAACAGUAUUAUGGUCUCGGAACCCACGACUCCUUCCUUGGACUACGAUAUGAGUGAAUAUGUGUCUGACGCCGCCGGUCGUGCUGUUAGGUGAAUUGAGAUGUUCCCGCGACUCCGAGGGUUGAAACAUGCGGCUCGACGUCCUUGGGACACGAUCCCUCGUAUUAUAGUGUCCUCUGAAGACGAGAGCGCGGAGUGGCCCUUCCCCAGCAGCAGCUCACGGUGCGGAGCUCCGGGCUCCGGGUCGACAUCCGAAACUCCACAAGUGCCAACUCGGCGGACGGACAUGACCGCGAACAUUCCUCAGCCGCGGGGCGACCGCCGACCGCCGACCGCCGACCGGCCGUCGCUACCAAAGAGUAAAGUUACCUUCACGUUAAGGAAUUAAUGUAACAUAGGGAUCUAGUGAAAUUGUCGAAUGUAUAUAAUUUUGCAUAUGUGUUAAAUAGCUUAGUAUAGUGAAGAGUAUUUACACCCGUACCGCGAGCAUCCGGAGUUGUGGCGGUGACAUUCCAGGCCGCCGGGCGACGGGCCGGCUCUAUAUAAGUCUCAAUAAAAUGUAACCUCCCUUUCGAUACUAACCUAUUUCCUGAACUCUCCGCGCGGGUCUCCGUCGCCCGGCGGCCGACUCGCGCCUUCCGAGGACGCCGUUCCUUGUAGGAUGCGGAAACGGAUCGUCGAGAUUAUUUUGACCAAUGUAAUCGAAAUGUAAUGUUUGUAAAACGAGCCGAGCGUGCGAGGGCGACGUGUGUUAUGCAUCAGAGGUAAAUACAAUUGACACGAUACUA